AUGUCUCACCGUUACUUUUUCUUGUGUAGCCUCCUCGCCUACUCAUUGUCCUUGCAUGGGAUCUCCGCCGUGGACUACCAAGUAACUAACUACGACCCCAACACUCCCGGCGGCAUCCGUUUCACCAAUGAAAUCGGAGUUCCCUACACAAAGCAAAUAAUGGGUACCAUCAACGACUUCAUAUGGACCACCGUUUUCCAACAAAACAACCCCUCUGACAGAAAGCCUGUAGAUUCCGUCAACCUUUACAUUACAGAGAUUGAAGGAUACGAAGGAAUCACAUGGGGAAAUAACAAUAUUAAUCUUAGUUCUAGUUUUUUAGAAGGGUAUCAAGGGGACGUGAAAUGGGGAUUCACGUCUCUUUUAUAUCAUGAAAUGACCCACGUGUUUCAAUAUAAUGGCGAGGGUGAUGGUGAUAAAUGGGACCAGGGGUAUGAUUUCACAGCCCGGUUUCUUGAGUAUUGUGAUGGGAUUGUACCAGAGUUCGUGGCAAAGCUUAAUGCAAUGAUGAAGUUUGCUUUCGAUGUCAAGUAUUUUGAAGACUUGACAGGAAAGCCUGUGGAUCAACUAUGGCAGGAGUACAAGGCUAAAUAUGGACAUUGA